CCCUGUCUUUUUAACAAGACCAGGCACACACACAGUCAGUGGAGACAGAAAUCUCUUUGUGACAACUUCAACAGAGAACGCAACAUCCAAAAUGGCUCUGUUGCUGUCAAUUUUGUUGGCUCUGUUGGCUUCAGUACUUGGUGGUCUGUACCUCUUAGGAAUGUUUCGGAAGAGAGCUCCAAAUGAACCUCCCCUGGACAAAGGUACCAUCCCAUGGUUGGGGUAUGCACUCGACUUCAGAAACAACACAGCAACAUUUUUGCAAAAGAUGCAGAAAAAACAUGGAGACGUUUUCACUGUUCAGAUUGCAGGUUACUUCUUCACAUUUGUGAUGGAUCCUCUCUCUUUUGGGCCUAUUGUGAAGGAAGCCAGAUCUAAGUUGGAUUUUGAACAGUUUGCUAAGGAGUUGGUUGCUAGGGUCUUCGGUUACCAUUCUGGUACCAAUGAUCACAAACUACUAGAGAAAUCAAGCACAAAACAUCUCAUGGGUGAUGGACUGGUGCUCAUGACCCAGGCUAUGAUGGAGAACCUGCAAAACCUAAUGCUUCAUGAUAUUGGCAGUGGAAAUGGAGAGAGGAAAUGGCAUCAGGAUGGACUCUUUAACUACAGUUAUAAUAUUGUGUUCAGAGCUGGUUACCUUGCUUUAUUUGGUAAUGAGCCGUCUAAAAGUAAAGGCAGCAAAGAAAACGCUAGAACCUAUGAUCGAGAACACUCAGAAGAAUUAUUUAAUGAGUUCAGAAAGUACGACCGAUUGUUCCCACGGUUAGCGUAUGCUGUUCUUCCACCAAAAGAUAAAUUAGAAGCAGAGCGCUUAAAGAGGCUGUUCUGGAACAUGCUGUCUGUAAACAAAACCAUGCAGAAAGAGAAUAUCAGUGGCUGGAUCUCUGACCAGUAUCAGCACAGAGCAGAAAAUGGGAUGCCAGAAUAUAUGCAAGACAGGUUCAUGUUUUUGCUCCUGUGGGCUUCUCAAGGUAACACCGGACCUGCUUGCUUCUGGCUUCUCCUAUAUUUAAUGAAGCACCCAGAAGCCAUGCAAGCAGUGCGUGAAGAGGUAGAAAAAGUUAUUCGGGAAACAGGGCAAGAAGUAAAGCCAGGUGGUCCUCUCCUUAACCUCACAAGAGAUAUGCUCCUCAAGACUCCUGUUCUAGACAGUGCGGUGGAAGAGACCCUUCGGCUGACAGCUGCACCUGUUCUUAUUAGAGCAGUAAAAGAGAACAUGAAUAUCAAGAUGGCAAAUGGGAAAGAAUAUGCCAUUAGAAAAGGAGACAGAGUUGCCCUUUUCCCGUAUAUAGCUGUUCAAAUGGAUCCUGAAGUUCACCCAGAUCCUGAACAGUUCAAGUACGACCGAUUCCUCAAUCCAGACGGCACAAAAAAAACAGAAUUCUCAAAGGGUGGAAAGAAGUUGAAAUAUUUUACUAUGCCUUGGGGAGCUGGGACCACAAUUUGCCCAGGUCGAUUUUUUGCUGUAAAUGAACUGAAACAGUUUGUAUUCCUGGUGUUGACAUAUUUUGAGUUUGAGCUGGUGAAUCCAAAAGAAGAGAUUCCAGGCAUUGAUGCAAACCGUUGGGGCUUUGGUUCCAUGCAGCCAACCUAUGACGUCCAAUUUAAGUACCGGCUACGUUAUUAGCUUAAACAACUCAUCUUUUGUUUCUCUUAUUGUUUAUAAAAAACACUUAAUAUGUAUAUAAAAUAAUCCUCUGGUUUUUUUUCUAACAGGACAUUUAUCUAUAAAAAUAAGUGAUACAUGGAGAAGACAUUUAGUGUACAUAUUUGGCGAAUUUAUAAAAUAUCUUAUUUUCGGUAGCAGUAAUUUACAGUUAUUCUCUUGAAAAUAACCAUCAGUGUGUAAAACAGCAAAAAAGGAAAUAAAAAGUUUUUUUUAACAGUAAAUACUUCAGAGUAACAGAAAUUAUUUUGCUUAAUUCAUGUAAGGUAAAUAUAAUUUUUGAAAAACACAAGUUAUUUUUCAUCAAUAAGAUGAUUAAAGAGACAGUGAAGUCAAAAUUACACUUUUAUGAUUCAAAUAGAGCAUGAAUUUUAAACCACUUUCUAGUUUACUUCUAUGAUCACAUCUGUUCCCUUGGAAUCUGUUGAAAAGCAUAUCUAGGUAGGCUCAGGAGCUAGCUUUUGUGGGUGCACAUAUAUCUCUUGUUAUUGGCUCACCCGAUGUGCUCAGCUAGGUCUUAGUUGUGCAUUGAAGCUCCUGCACCUUCCAUGGAAAGUUGUUUACAAUUGUACGCUCUGGCCCCAAAUUAUCAAGGUCUGUCGGACCUGAUCCGACAGUGCGGAUCAGGUCCGACAGACCUCGCUGAAUACAGGGAGCAAUACGCUCGGCGUAUUCAGCAUUGCACCAGCAGCUCACAAGAGCUGCUGGUGCAGUGCUGCCCCCUGCAGACUCGCGGCCAAUCAGCCACCAGCAGGGGGUGUCAAUCAACCCGAUCAUACUCGAUCAGAUUGAUUUCCGGCGAUGUCUGUCUGCCUGCUCAGAGCAGGCGGACAGGUUAUGGAGCAGCGGUCUUUGUGACCGCUGCUUCAUAACUGCUGUUUCUGGCGAGCCUGCAGGCUCGCCAGAAACACGGGGCAUCAAGCUCCAUUCGGAGCUUGAUAAAUAUGCCCCUCUGUCUCAAUCAUAAAUGUUUAAUCUUGACUUAAGUCUCUUUUAAGUGUUGCAAGUAGAUUGCCAUAAAUAGCAUCUUUUUAUCAACAGGUGGGGCAGUUAUUUUCAUAUUUUAGUUAGAUCAGGGGGGGUUUGUUUGUUUUUAAAAAAAAUACAAAUAGUUUUCCAGAAUAUAUAAAAAUAUUAGUGGAAAAAACAGCUGUACAAUAGUUCUCUAAUGUUUUAUUAUAAACUUUGAUAAAAUAUAAUAUAUGUUCAUAUAAACUAUUUUUCUUAGAUAAUGCAUGACAUUUUAUUGAACUAUCUUUAACACAUAAUAAAAAAAAACAGAUAAUAAACACUGGAAUUAUU